UUUAUUUUAUACGUGAGAAUAAUAGUUAUUGUUGAAAAAAAAUAUAUAUAUAAAGAGCCAUCAAUAAUGUCCAGUGGUGUAAUGUCUAGAAUGGAAACUUUUACUCCAAGACUGUGUUUAAAGGCAGUGGAUCAGUAUGAAACAAUAUUACAGAGCCGAUUAUCUAAGUCAACAAAAAGCCCACGGAAUCAGCAAAGAGUAAAGAAUGAGUCUUCAAAUACUUCAAUAGGCAGGAGCUAUUCUGUGUUUCGGCAAUGGAAAAAAAAUGACCGUGAUAGUAAAUGCAACAUGGAUGUGAGCUAUAUUGAUGAUACUAAAACCAAUUCUUUGUCUUCUUCGUUGCCUAAUUACUACAGAGAAGUAGAAUACAAAGGCGACACAUUUAUUGAACUUCAAGAUUUGCUUUUUGGUUUUACUGAUCCUUCUGUAAUUGACAUUAAACUUGGUACUCGGACCUUUCUAGAAUCGGAAGUAUCAAAUAAUGUUGCAAGAACUGAUUUGUAUAAAAAAAUGAUAAGUGUUGAUCCAAAUGCGCCAACUAAUUUUGAACAUGAAAACCAAGCAGUAACUAAACUCAGAUACAUGCAGUUUAGAGAGCAACAGAGUUCUACUUGUAGUCAUGGAUUUAGAAUUGAAGCUAUGAAAUUACCUGGAGCACCGCCAAUUACAAAUCUGAAAAAAAUAAAAGAACAUGUAGCUGUUGUAGAAACAUUGAAGCUCUUUUUGGGAAGAUAUAGUAUUACUUAUGAAAAAUUACUAGAACAGCUAAAAGAUAUGAGAUCACGAAUCGAAGCUUCUUCUUACUUUAAAACACAUGAGGUUAUUGGAAGCAGUAUUUUUAUUAUUUAUGACGAAAAAAAAAUAGGAGUAUGGUUAAUUGAUUUUGCCAAAACAUACAAAGUGCCUGAUGGAAAGGAGCUGUCUCAUCGAAAACCCUGGAAGGAAGGAAAUCAUGAAGAAGGUUUUCUUCUGGGAAUUGACAAUCUUAUAUCUACAAUUGAAGAAAUUAAAAUAACUUUAUGA